CGACAUGACAACCAAUAACAACGCUUAGCGCUUCUUUUAAAACCCGCUCAAAUCAUUUUAAACGGAUGUUUGUUGCAACAAGAAUGGAUGUGACUAGACUAUACACGGGAAAAGAUGCUUACGUGUAUUGCACUCUCAACAUUGAACGCAUAUUUCUCACAAGUCGUCAGUACACAUAAGGGGGAAGCGAUCAACGAUUUUCAAAAAGAACGCGGAUUUAAUAUAAGCUUUUUUAUAACGCUUCUUCUUGAUAGUUCUGUUAAGCAUUAUCCAGAAUUUUUGGAAAAAACAGAUACAAGAGUGAGUGGCUGUAUUUAUUGAUUGUAAUGGUUUUUUUUGAUAAUUCAGAAGAAUUAAAAAUUCAUAAUACAUAUCAAGAACAAACGUUUUAUAAAGACAGUUAUAUUGAUGUCCCAUAGGAAAAUCUGGAUACCUCAAACCGUUAUAUAGGACGUUAAACAAUUAACAUUCCAUCAAUCAAUCAAUCAAUCAAUCAACCAAUCAAUCAACCAAACCGUCAUAAUAAUGUUACAACAGCCUUUCUACCAGAGUUCUCCAUUUCUUCCUCCAGACGAAAGCACAAUAUGCCAAAAUAGUACAAAACUACCCUUACAGGAUGCUAUGGAGUAUGAAGGUGCAAGAUUGUCAACUUUUGCAACAUUUCCAGAUAUUCCUGGUAUCUAUGCAACUAAACUUGCAAGAACUGGAUUCUAUUAUUCAGGAAAUGGUGAUGAGGUUGUUUGUUUUAAAUGCAAAAUUACACACAAAAACUGGAAACGGCAUGAUUCUCCAUCAGAAAUUCACAAGCUAAUUUCGCCACUUUGCGAUUUUAUCAAACAAAAUUCAUGUAGCUCCAAAUUCAUGGAACAUUCCCAAAAUAUCACAGAAGGCACUGUUAGCAAUGGUGCAUAUUAUAGUCCUAGCGAAGGAACUGAAUGCGACAAAACUAAACCACCGAUAAAAAGUACCGUUGCUCAACAGAGCUUGAAUAUGCAUACCAAUGGAAUAGAGACUCAAGGAAGUGAGAAUACUAACACAAUUAAUCAACAUUUAAACAACUUCAUAUACGAUGUUUCACAAACGUAUGGCGUAGGGAUACAAAGUAGUCCAUGUGGAAUAAAUCAAAGUUUAAUGAACAACACUAAUACUGAUAUAACGAGGACAGAAGUUUACCAAAUUGCAAAUAAUUACUCGAGUAAUAAUACUGGCAGCUUGACCAGAAUUUCCCAGACAAAUUUAUCGACUAUGAAUUGCAGUACUAGCGCAUUAAACAGCCAGAUAUUGAGUCAAACAACUUCUAACGAUAGCACAAUAGCUAGUAAAGCUCCACUUGAACCAAUGACGAUGGGGAUUUGUAUUGAUACCCCAAAGUAUUCAAAAUAUGCCACCAGAAUAUCUAGACUCGACUCAUUUAAACAUUGGCCAACAUAUUUGACACAGUCUCCAGAUGAAAUGGUUUCAGCGGGAUUCUUUUUUACAGGUACCGGGGAUCAUUGUCGCUGCUUUUUCUGUGGCGGUGGCUUGAGAAACUGGGAACCAGGGGAUCAGCCGUGGAUAGAACAUGCUCGCUGGUACCAGAACUGUGCAUUUGUGCGAAAUUGUAAAGGUGAAAGAUUUAUACGAGAUGUUCAAACAACCAACAUGCAAACUGAAAUAGUCGAAAAGAAUGAGCUACCUAACCCUAAAACGCCACUGGAUGACUUUAGAAACAUUCCUUCAGUAAGAUCUGUAUCUCAGUUUGGAUAUGACGAAAAGUUAAUCAAAGAAGCCUAUGAUACUGUCAAGAAAGCUGGAACAUCAGAUAUCACAAGUACCGUACUUCUUGAAACUAUUUUCAAUUUAGAGGAAAAAUCGAACCAAACCCAGGAAAAUUCAAAUAAAACCAAACCUCAAAUAGAAGAAACGCGAUCAGCAAUCGGACCUGCAGCUACAACACAAGUAAAUAACGAACCUGCAAGUGAUCCUGAGCUUGAAUUGUCGGUUAGAAGUCUCGAAGAAGAAAAUCAAAACCUGAAAGAUCAGCAGACUUGUAAAAUAUGCUUAGAUGAACCAAUUGCAAUUGUGUUUCUACCCUGUGGCCAUUUAGCUGCCUGUGUCACCUGUGCGCCUGCGCUUAGAAGAUGUCCAAUAUGUAGAACUUUUAUCAAAGGAACAGUAAAAGCUAUAAUGUGCUGAUGUAUUUAAAAUGUAUAAAAUUAAUAAAAAAAAAAA